AGAGAGAGCGAGCGAGGGGGGGGGGGGGGGAGCAGGCAGGAAGGCAGGGCGGAGAGACUAGAGACAGCAGCUAGAACUGCCAGUCGCGGUAGCUCAAUAUGGAGUAACCGCGUCGGUUAGACAACGGCGUCGGGAAGUACAAAGAAAAACCCGCUUAGGACCGAAAUUGUUUAACCAAGGAAUAAGAAAAACAACUCAACGAUGAGAUACGGCGUUGCAAGUUAACAAUCAUCUUGACGGAGAUAAAAUAUACUUUGCGAUUUCUAUUUAUUCUUGAAAAAUGGCGAACGAUUCUCCUGCUAAAAGCCUUGUGGACAUAGACCUCGCAUCUUUGCGGGACCCGGCUGGGAUUUUCGAACUAGUGGAAGUGGUCGGCAAUGGCACCUAUGGACAAGUAUACAAGGGCCGACAUGUCAAAACAGGACAACUGGCCGCAAUCAAGGUCAUGGACGUCACUGAGGAUGAAGAGGAGGAGAUUAAACUGGAGAUUAACAUGCUGAAGAAGUACUCACACCACAGAAACAUAGCUACCUACUAUGGGGCCUUCAUCAAGAAGAGCCCUCCAGGACACGACGACCAGCUCUGGCUGGUGAUGGAGUUCUGUGGUGCAGGCUCCAUCACAGACCUGGUGAAGAACACCAAGGGCAACACCCUAAAGGAGGACUGGAUCGCCUACAUCUCCCGAGAGAUCCUGAGGGGCCUGGCUCACCUGCAUGCCCAUCACGUGAUCCACCGUGACAUCAAGGGUCAGAAUGUGCUGCUGACGGAGAACGCAGAGGUCAAGCUGGUGGACUUUGGUGUGAGCGCCCAGCUGGACCGGACAGUGGGCCGCAGGAACACCUUCAUCGGCACACCCUAUUGGAUGGCCCCCGAGGUCAUUGCCUGUGACGAGAACCCAGAUGCUACCUACGACUACAGAAGUGACUUGUGGUCUUGUGGAAUCACAGCCAUUGAGAUGGCAGAAGGAGCUCCUCCGCUGUGCGACAUGCACCCAAUGAGAGCGCUCUUCCUCAUCCCCAGAAACCCGCCUCCUCGACUCAAGUCCAAGAAAUGGUCCAAGAAGUUCUUCAGCUUCAUCGAGGGCUGCCUGGUGAAGAACUACACCCAGCGGCCCCCGACCGAGCAGCUUCUGAAGCACCCGUACAUCCGGGACCAGCCCAACGAGCGGCAGGUCCGCAUCCAGCUGAAGGACCACAUUGACCGCACGCGCAAGAAGAGGGGCGAGAAAGAUGAGACGGAAUAUGAGUACAGUGGCAGUGAGGAAGAGGAAGAAGAGGCUCAGGAGCAGGAGGGAGAGCCAAGCUCCAUCGUGAACGUGCCAGGUGAGUCCACCCUGCGCCGCGACUUCAUCCGCCUGCAGCAGGAGAACAAGGAGCGCUCGGAGGCGCUGCGCCGCCAGCAGCUCCUGCAGGAGCAGCAGCUCAGGGAGCAGGAGGAGUACAAGCGCCAACUGUUGGCCGAGAGGCAGAAGCGCAUCGAGCAGCAGAAGGAGCAGAGGAGGAGGCUGGAGGAGCAACAGCGGCGCGAGCGGGAGAUGAGGAGGCAGCAGGAGCGCGAGCAGCGCCGUCGGGAGCAGGAGGAGAAGAGGCGCCUGGAGGAGAUGGAGCGCCGGCGCAAAGAAGAGGAGGAACGCAGGAGGGCGGAGGAUGAGAAGAGGAGGGCUGACCGCGAGCAGGAGUACAUCCGUCGUCAGCUGGAAGAGGAGCAGAGGCACCUGGAGAUCCUGCAGCAGCAGCUUCUCCAUGAGCAGGCCAUGCUACUGGAGUGCAAAUGGCGGGAGCUGGAGGAACAGCGUCAGGCCCAGAAGCUGCAGAGGCAGCUGCAGCUGGAGCAGACCUAUCUGCUAGCCCUCCACCAGCCUCCAGAGAAGACCCCAGCUACAAAGCAACACAGUGGGGAGUCCCCUCAAGAUCCAGGCCUAGGGUCCACUCGGUGCCCGCAGAACCGAGAUGUGGAUAGGACCAGGUCCCAACUCGGCCUUGGGUCGGAUAAGAGCAAGGCCCCACCGAUAAUGACCCCGGAAAGAGCUAGAUCUCUGCAGAACCUAGAUCCGGAGAAGACUAGGUCUUCACAUGUCGUGGACUUGGAGUGGCUGAGGAGCUUGGAGCAGGCCAAAGGUGCCGUGUCGCACACCCAUGGACCUCAACGACCUGCCCCAGACUAUGAGCCAAUCAGAGAGGCCGACGAGAGGUAUCGCAAGAACAUCCAGGGUUCCCCACAGGCUGCCCUGCCCAAGCAGCAGCCCCCGGUUCCCCCUCGCUCCUCUGAGUCCUUCUCAAACGGGAACCCCUCUGAGGCUCCAGCCAUGCACCGGCCCAUGGAGCCACAGGUCCAAUGGUCCCAGCGGGCGGCGCUAAAGAGCAACGCCGCCCCUCCCGCCGCCGUGUUGCGCUCGCCGUCCUUCAGCGAGCCCGUCGCUCCUAGCUUUGCACACCUCCACCUCCGCCCCCAGGACUCUUACCAUCACCACCGCCUCGCACAACCACCGCAGUCAUCUUCCCCGUCAUCCUCAUCACCCGCACGCACUGACCCGCAGCCACACCCUCAGCCUAGGGCCACGCCGCAUGAGCCGGCCCCCUCAGACGAGGCCCCGCCCAGGGUUCCGGUGAGGACCACCUCAAGGUCUCCAGUGUUGACGCGUAGAGACUCCCCUCACCAAGGCAACGCCAUGCCUAGCAACCAGCCUGGGCAACGGAACGCUAGCAGUGCUGCAGAGCCCCGUCUGCUGUGGGAGAGGGUGGAGAAGCUGACCCCACGGGCCGGGCCGGGCAGCACCAGCACCAGCGGUAGUGGGGGCUCCAGUUCCUCCAGCUCCAGCGCCUCCAGCUCCCAGCCUGGCUCUCACACGGGCUCAGGAGAGAGGUUCAGGGCCCGCUCUUCCUCAAAGUCAGAGGGCUCGGCCCUCCAGCGCCCAGAGCAUGCUGGGAAAAAGCCAGAGGAGAGGAAGGACUUGGUCAGGCCUAACCGACCGGCGGACCUGACAGCCCUGGCCAAGGAGCUGCGUGCAGUGGAGGAUGUGCGUCCCCCCCACAAGGUGACAGACUACUCCUCCUCCAGCGAGGAGUCUGGGACUACCGAUGAAGACGAUGAUGAAGAGGUGGACCAGGAGGGAGGGGAGGAGUCCACCUCUGGGCCGGAGGACUCCCGUGCUGUCUCCUCCAGGCUGAGUAAUGGAGAGACAGAGUCAGUGAAGACCAUGAUCGUUCACGACGAGGGGGAGAGCGACGCCUCCAGCAAGCCCUGCAAAGACGGCACACUGAUCGUCCGACAGAGUGCAGGUGACAACAAAAAGCACCAGGUCCCCAUCCCUGGCCCCAUCCACAGCAGCCCUGGGGCCCCAGGGGGCCCCCCCAACCCUGGCUUUGUCCCCAGCCUGGGGCUAGUGAACCACCACACCCCUGGUGCCCCCCACCACCACCACCACCACCACCCCCCCACCGGCCCCCACUCCCACCACCACACUCCGGAACGGAACGGCUUUGCCGGUCGCAUCCACCUGCUACCGGACCUGAUCCAGCAGAGCCAUCACCCCUCCCCCUCCCCGUCAUCCUCCGCCUCCACCUCCCCCUCCUGCUCCAGCCUGGCCAGCCCCUCCUCCAUGUCCCCCCAGAGCCCCCUGGACAAGCUCACCCUGCUCAUGGAGAGCCAGUCGGCCAGCAACACCAUGCAGAAACACAAGUCGUCCUCUUCCUUCACCCCCUUCAUCGACCCUCGCCUCCUGCAGGUGUCUCCCUCCACCGGCAGCGCCCUCAACAACGUGGGCUACGGGAACGACGCUCGGCUGGCGGAGGCUCUGAGGGCAGACGCAUCUCGUAAGGGCUCCGUGGUCAACGUGAACCCGGUCAACACGCGCCCUCAGAGCGACACGCCCGAGAUCCGCAAGUACAAGAAGAGGUUUAACUCUGAGAUCCUGUGUGCCGCUCUCUGGGGAGUGAACCUGCUAGUGGGGACGGAGAGCGGUCUGAUGCUGCUGGACCGUAGUGGUCAGGGGAAGGUCUACCCUCUCAUCAGUCGACGACGCUUCCAGCAGAUGGACGUCCUGGAGGGCCUGAACGUCCUGGUCACCAUCUCAGGCAAGAAGAACAAGCUACGUGUGUACUACCUGUCCUGGCUGAGGAACAAGAUCCUCCACAACGACCCGGAGGUGGAGAAGAAGCAGGGCUGGACCACCGUGGGGGACCUGGAGGGGUGUGUGCACUACAACGUUGUGAAAUAUGAAAGGAUCAAGUUCUUGGUCCUGGCUCUGAAGAACUCUGUGGAGGUCUACGCCUGGGCUCCCAAACCGUACCACAAGUUCAUGGCCUUCAAGUCAUUCGGUGACCUGGUGCACAAGCCCCUGCUGGUGGACCUGACGGUGGAGGAAGGUCAGAGGUUGAAGGUCAUCUAUGGCUCGGUCUCGGGCUUCCAUGCUGUGGACGUGGACUCUGGAGCUGUCUAUGACAUCUACCUGCCCACACAUAUCCAGAACAGCAUCCAGUCCCACGCCAUCAUCAUCCUGCCCAACACGGACGGCAUCGAGCUGCUGGUGUGCUACGAGGACGAGGGCGUCUACGUCAACACGUACGGGCGCAUCACCAAGGACGUGGUGCUGCAGUGGGGCGAGAUGCCCACCUCCGUGGCCUACAUUCGCUCUAACCAGAUCAUGGGCUGGGGCGAGAAGGCCAUAGAGAUCCGCUCUGUGGAGACAGGUCAUCUGGACGGGGUGUUCAUGCAUAAGAGGGCCCAGAGACUGAAGUUCCUGUGUGAGAGGAACGACAAGGUGUUCUUUGCCUCUGUGCGGUCUGGGGGAUCGAGCCAGGUGUACUUUAUGACCCUGGGGCGCACCAACCUGCUCAGCUGGUAGAGGCCACGCCCCCUCACCACACUGGAACCACCCACACCGCCUUUUUAACUUUCAGCCAACGGACAACAGCCAACCACCUCUGACUUCACCCUACCAGCCUCUUGCGGGCUUGAAACUGGAUAUUAGAAUUGUACAAAAAAAUCUGAUAGAGAGAGAGAGAGAGAGCGAAAGAGAGAGCGAGAAAGAGAAAUGUGAAAAAGGGGUGUGGUUUCCCCGUUAUUAAUAUGAUGUUUUGGUGCUUAUGGGAUCGUGGGCACGACAGGUUAUUUGGGGUCAUUGCCAUGGUGACUGCAUCGUGACCCUUUGCGUUGUCCUUUGCUCCUCAGCCCUGUGUCGGGGCUGCAGCUCUUCUCCCUGCUACCGCUCUCUGUGUCUCUGCAUCUUUCAGGAGGCCCGCCCCCUGCCACGCCCACUUCACCUUCCGGGGAGGGACAAGGGGCGGGGCCUACAGUGUUAAUGCUACAGUAUGUAAAUGUUUUAUUCUGUUUGGUCCAAUCGCUGCUGACAGCAGGCUGAAUUUGAGGCUGUCAGUCAGGAAGGAGGCGGAGGAAGCAAGGGAAGCAAUGGCUAGGCUUGGCGCUGUCAUGACGACGGCGGGUAGGAGGAGUCUAGGUAACGUUAUACGAGGGGACCCAACGGAAGUGUGUGUUAAUGAGAUUAGGACAAGUGGGAUCAAGAGGACAGCUUUUUAACCAGACGGACUUCAGAAUAGUAUUUUUUGAAUUAUUAUUCCCUAUGAUAAGUGUAACUAUGUGGAGUUAAACAUGUAUUUUACCUUGUUUUGAAAAAUUACGCAUACACAUAAAGUAGUCACAGUUUGCUUGCUUUUACGCCCAUCCCACUGAAACAGAUUUUUUUGAGGAGGAAGGAGGUUGAGUUGGGUUUCAUCCAAACAAUGGUUUCUAUGUAUAAUAAAAAGUUCAUUCAAUCUCAUUGGUAGUGACAGUGGUCAUGUUUGUCAGUCCAUUUGUCAGACAUGACACCUCAGCCAAGCCGGACCCCAUCAGCGGUGCUCUGGACUGAGGCGUUAGCACAGCUGUGAAUAGAUGGAUAUAAGUAAACGUGUUGGAGGAGACGGGGAGGGGAUGGUGUGUGUGGAUGUGGAUGUACAUAGACCUACAGGCAGGAGAGUCGAAGAUGUGGUUGUUUGUAGCAGGAAGGUAACACAUGGUCAGCAACAUUCAGUAGUUCAACAGAUAGGUGAUGUUUGUUUUUUUGUUGAGAUUUUAACGAUUUAUUUUCAUUGUACGUUUUAAUGAAUGCAACGCACUAAGUGUCAGGAAUGUAGAAUGACAUAAAUUGUUUGGUGGUCUAAGGCAUGAGGCAUUUUUGUUACUUGGUUCCUUGUCACAGGUGAUCUAUUUUGAUGUUCAAUUUCAAGUAUUUGGAAAACUCUGCUUCUUUUUAUGUUGUUUAGAAAAGAUUCUGCCCUUGUGGCUCUCCCAUUGUAAACUGUACUUUGGGAGCGUUCACCAGAGUGGGAAGCAGCUUUGAGACGUUUCUAAGCCUGCGGUUCUGUAAGGUCUUCUCACAGCAGCCUAUGAAGCUCUUCACAGGACCCGGGCCUAGACCUCGCCUAACCUUAGACCUAGUUUUAACACCUUCUGCUCCUUCUGCAGUACAGCGCGUAAGUGGAAGGUUCUAACAAUCGAAGCGAUACAUGCUGAGUUCGAUGAGGACUGCUGGGCCUGUGGCGUCGUUACAGUGCUCUGGCGUAGAGUUGUUUUGUUCACCGUGUGGUAGUCUGUAUAUGUUAAGACUAUUAACAAAACUGUCCCAGCACCCCUUCGUGUCCCUGACCCUGUCUACAGUACGCCAACUGACUCUUUUCCUGACAUGGAGUUUUUCCUACAUUUCCCAGGAAGCACUGUGACUGUGUUUCCAUGGUGAUGGGUUAUACCAAUGUCCCUCUCAGGGGGAGGGGCUGGAAAGUGAUGAGACAUUAUCUGAACACAGUGGUGGACCUUCACUGACCAGAAAUGGGUGUUUCUAGAAGCAUACUAGGAAUCAGUGUAUAGAGUAUGUAAAGCAGUUUGUCAACUUUUAGUUUUUGUUAUCAAUGGCUAAGCAGUCAGAGUGGUGGACCCUAUGCUGUUCUGUCUGAGCUCGUUGUGCUAGUCUCCAGAGAUAAUCCACUCUGUCAUUGUCAUUGAAUCAAGACCUUUAGGCGUGGAAUAUAUAACUUUAUUCACAAAUUGUGGCUAUUGAUAUUCUUAUUAACUGACAAAACCGUUAAAAAAGCAGUUGCUUGUUGACAGAAAGUUGAAGAUGUGACAAGAUGGCAACAUUAUUUAAAGUGUAAACAUGAUUAGAAACCACUACAUCAAAAUACAUUUUUAAGAUCUCACUUGAAGCUUUGUGUAUUCUUAAGUUUUAGACUUAGUUGAGAAGCUUAACGAGAGUUUUCAGUUGUUUCUGUAAGAUUACUUACUUGUAAUUACGCGACUGCAGUGGUUUUAAUGAUCACCUUAUGUGGAUGUUAUGUUUACAGAGGCAAUGUUUUGAUACACUAAUGUGCAUCAUGAUAUUUAUGUUUUACUCAAAAAGCUUAUUUUUGUUCAAUUUUUUUUCCUGCAUUUUGUUUUUGUUUGCCUGUUUUGUAUAAAACAUCCUAGUUUCAUUCAAAUAACAAACUCACAAGGAUUAAGAAUACACAAUUCCGAUGACGUCAGAGUGUUGCCACAGUGUCGUGGCAGCAUUGUGAGGCUGUUACCUACAGCGUUGAUUGCAGGUGUUAUCUCUCCAGUGUUUCUGCUACUCUAGCACAUGUCCUCUCCGUGUAUGACAGGAAGUCCCUAUGUGUAUGACAGGAAGUCGCUAUGUGUAUGACAGGAGGUCCUGCAUUUUCCUGAAGGUCUUUUUUCUUUGAAUAAACUCUAAAGUAAUUUAAACCUC